UUUUCUGACAUUUUUACACGAUCUAAAAAUACAUUUGAAAAUUGGAAGGAUGGAAUAUUAUAUUUGGAGAGAACGAAACCUAAAAAAUACGGAAAUCACAAAUAAUUGUCCGUGUCACAUGAUCAAACCUGACUAAUCAGAGCGAGCCAAGUCCAACGGAAAAGUACGUUCAUUGUUUGGAUGUUUUGCCAAUUUUACCUUUUAUAUCUGAUAAAGAUACGAUCAAAACGCCGCGGGAAAUGGAUGUAGCCUUGAAGCUCUGGGAGAACAGACGGAGUGUGGAUACGUUUUAUCGUGGUUUUGAUGAAACGCCACGUGUUCAGGUUUGAUGAAGUGUGCAGAUCCGAAUCGUUUCAUCACAUGACUCCCCUCCCCCACCCAGCCCGGGGAACGGGGGAAGAAGGCGGACAUGUUUGAGGGGAAAUGUGCUGGUUAAAAAGUAUCCAAGUGGAAGACAAAGAAGAUUAUUGGAAGAAAGGUUUCGCUCUUUUUUGGGGAUUUAUCAGUCCACAUCUGUUUUUGCUUUUAUCCAGAGACUUUAAAUAGACUUUUUGAAAUUUUUUUCGUAUAUAUAACUGUCACUUCAGGGAGUACUUAGUUUUAUUUGUAACCCUGACAAAGUAACAAUACUAAUUGUCUAUUACUGCAUGAACUGUAAGGAAUCUUUCUGUCGGUUAUUUGAGUGACAUUGUAGGGACUCUGUAACCUUGGUAUGGGGGAUGGGCCCGAAUGAUUAGGUAACGUCCUGUGUGCCUUGAAUUAGUUUUAUUUUAAUGAAUCUAGGAAGAUAAAUAUUUAUUUUUUCAGUGGUAACAACCUGGUUUUGUUAAGAGUUCAAAGUUAUUUUCCCGUCCUGCUUUUUCCAGUCUUAGUAUGGUUGGGCACAGUAAACCUGUAUAUAGAUUUUAGGUUUUUUAUUACUACGACACAUUACCACAUAUUUAAUGGAUGCUGUGUAUUAGUUUCGAUUGGUUGUUUUUGGUUUGGGCUGGACUCAGUUUGAAAAAUUGCUGUGUCAUUCUGUGGGUUGUUGCUGCUAUGACCUUGUCAGGGUAGUAUUUUAUUUCAAUUUGAUAAUUUGAGUUGUUUUACCCGAGGGAUAUAUGAUAACUAUCUGAAUCUGAACUGAAGAGCUAAUUUGUCUUUAGUACUUCACUACUUCUAAUGUAUGUAAGCCACAUGGAGGCCUUGUUUGAUGGCAUUUUUCAGUAAGCUCGUCUGAUGCGUUUGCUUUUACUGAAGACAAACUAUUAUCGUGUUUAUAACACUGUGGAGAUGUUUUAUGUAUUCUUUUUCAUAGUAAAGCGUCUAUCUAGUUGGGAUCAUUAUAACAUACUUUGUGUUUCACUGCUCAAAGAUGGCGCCCGCCUACAUGUUCUAGAACAAACUGAUGAUUUCACGAGGGAGAGGCUCUCUUCGGGCGGUACUCGUGACUGCUUCGGUGAACCAAUAGGAGUGUUGGUCUUCAGACUACAAGCCCGCGUUACGGCCCUUUUAACCAAUCACCGUCGUCGUUGUGAACACGUUGACGUAAUACAAUAUGUUAAAGAACAGGGAGGCCCUGUUGCUCUCGUUUUCCGUGAAAGAUUGCGUUCGUGAGCCAGUCACAGACGACGCAUCAGCAGGACAGGGCGGACUGGACCAAUGGUGCUGGGUAAUAUCCUUGAAGGACAGGGGAAACAUGCGAAUAGGUUGGUCCUAAACGUUGCUUGCGGAUCUCCGACAACCUGUGGGUGUGGUAAUUUUAACAGACAUCGUGAGUAGCGAAUAAGGAGUCGGUGGGCGGAGAAACACAGAGGCAGUUUAUCCAAUGAGGUGAAUGGUUGGUCUAUAAAAGCCCGGGUGUAGUCCAUCUCGUCGCCAUUUCAACGAAGCGAUUCAGAGGGAUUUCGUCGUGGCGGGCAGCGAAGAAAACUGACGAGCCGAGACGGAUCCUGCUUUUGAGUGUUUCCCAAAACAGAAUCCGGAUCCAUCCUGAUGGAUAUGGCUGUUAACCCGCCCCUUGACAGGUAUCUAUCGGUAGAACUGGCUCUCGUCUUACCAUGAAAAGGAUUAUUUUAACAGAUUUUUCCCCCUUUUUUAAAUAUAUCUGUACUGGCUCCCCGUGUGUAUUGUUAAACGCUCAGGGGUGAGAGAUGGACACUGGACAAAGCACCGGAAUGAGUUAAUUUAUACUUUGAAACAAUUAUUUAUAAAUAUAAAAGAUAUACUGGAAUAUAUACAACUUCGCCGGCGCCAUCUUCGGGUCUUUGCGGCCGUUGGCUGCUCUCUCCCGCAUCUCAGCAGUUGGUGUUAGCAUAGCUAGUAGCAUUAGCAGGUUCACGGACUAAACUCGUGUUUUAUUUAUACGUGCUCGGUCAAAUACGGUUAUAAUAGAAGAGCGAAAUGUGUAACCGAAUGUAGGUUGUUCGAUAGGAAGACCGCUACGGAGUACGUGUUUUUUGUUUGUUUUUUUUGUUAGACGUAUUGUAUAAAUAUCGGCUGGUUAUUCCGUGGUGAAACAGAGUUUCACUGCAUACGCCAUAACUGAAGCGCUGCUACAUCCAAACAAUCUGUAGGGCUUCGCCGGCUUGUUGUGGUAGCCAUGUGGUCAGAUUGUUGUGAUGGACAGUGCUGGGUUGUGGGGUUCGACCUAAAAGAUGCCAGAUAUGUAACUUAUUCAAACUAUUAUUAAAACAAAUAAUUUAGAUUGUUCAUAGGAAUAAUUAAAAUAAGUCCUGGAUCUGUGUCCUGGGGUGGUUUGUGUUUCUGUCCGUUGCCAGGUUACAGAGCUCAGUGUCACUCAGAUCACUAAGUGGCGCCAUAUUUAGUUUACUUAAACUGUCUUUUUUUUCUGUAAUGGUUUCAUUUUUGUUUUAGUUCAGUUUUAAAUGGCAAAUUUUUAAAUACAUUUUUUCAGUAAUUUUUUUCAGUAAUGUUGCUCUUGUGUAAAUGAUUCAUUCUUUUGCUUUUUUAAAUAAAGUACACUAACUGUCAAAUGAGUUUCCAGACGUUUAUUUGAGAUUUUUAUAUUACCUCAAAUGGGUAACGGUAUGUUUUUGAUGGCCCUUUUCUAAAGGUUAUCUCUGAAAUUAACGAGCUGAAAUUAAAUGCCCUAAUGUAUCUUAUGCCCUGGUUUUGCUUGGGGUGUAAACAAACUCCUUGUGAAGAAAAGAUUGAGUAUUGUGACUUCUAUAAGAUGGUAUCAAGACAUGUAUGAGUCAGGUCAAAUGUUUUCCAGAAGAUGACCCCCAAUUUGAUGGAGUGUUGACUGCACAAGAAGCCACGUGCAUUCAGGAGUAAAAUGCAAAACGGUGUGAUGCCGGUUACAUUCAUCAGAAAAGACAGGAUGACAUCUGAAAAUAUGGUUCAUGCAAAAAGAUCAAGGCUGAGAUUAAAGCAAAGUUCUUGACUUUGCUAAUCUUUUCUUGCCUCUUUGUUUUGACAGUCGUCUCUUAAGAGAAAUCGGCUUUUAUUUUCAAUUUUAAUCUGCUAAACAUAUCAAAUACUGCAAGUGAUAUCAAAUUUCCUUGCAUUUUCUGAGAAUUAUUACCAUAUACUACUGAGUCAUUCACUAAACAACAAAAUUAGGGCUUUGUUAAUCUUUAGGAAAAAAAGUUACCAGAAACCAAAACCAGGAUGACUUUGCACAUUUUUUUUUAUAAGUAUCUGCUCUGGAAAUAAAACAUUACUAAACUGAACGAUAAAAGAAAUUCAUGAAAGAUUGGAAGUCUAUUGUUGGCAUGUAUUGCCGUGAAAUCUUAUUGUGGAACACCAACUGCUGCAGCAUGCUAAUAACCCCACCCACCCUGUUCUGAGGUUUUGUUUUUUUUCCCCCACACAGAAGUGAGUGGGUGGGUGGAGUUAGUCAGUGUUAUUGACAGGGAAGUGGGUGCAGACUAGGAAGUGGUGUUCUCAUGGUGCCGGUUGGCUGAUUUAACGCUUGUAUGCUCUGUCAGAAUGAUGGAUGUCUUCUUCAUGACAUGGAGACUUGCUGUUCUGUAAAAUUGGUGGCGCUAUGGAGUGGUUGAAGGGGAAUAACCAGAACUUACACAAUAGCAUGCAGUAUAAACUAUAAGGGAAAAUACUUUAAUGUUGAUCAAUUAAAAAUAUUUUGUUUAAUGUCUAAACAUUGCAGAAUUUGACUAAAGCACUCAUUCUGGGGUUGACCCUGGUUUUACUGGAGUGACAAUGGAUCAGAGCACUGGUACAGCUGGAAAACGCAUCCGGAAGCCCUCACAGCUCUACGAAGGCUUUGAGAGUCCUGGGAUGCCCCCCAUCAGUCAGCUGACCCCUUUGGGACCGCCCCAGCCCACAGUGAAAGACCCCAGCAGGCAGGGCAGGAUGACCAACCAACUCCAGUUCCUGCAGAAAGUUGUCCUCAAGUCCCUGUGGAGGCAUCACUUUGCCUGGCCGUUUCAUGAACCAGUGGAUGCAAUCAAGCUCGGCCUGCCUGAUUAUCAUAAGAUCAUAAAGAAUCCGAUGGACAUGGGCAGCAUCAAGAAGAGAUUAGAGAACAACUACUACCGCAGUGCCAGCGAGUGCAUGCAGGACUUCAACACCAUGUUUACAAACUGCUACAUUUACAACAAGCCAACAGAUGACAUUGUGCUGAUGGCCCAGUCUCUGGAGAAAGCCUUCCUGCAGAAAGUGGCCCAGAUGCCCCAAGAGGAGAUAGAACUGGCCCCUCCACCUCCACGCAGCAAAUCUGCAAAAUCAUCCAAAAAAGCCAGAAACAAUCCAGUUCCAGGUGGAGUGACGACAGCCCAUCAAGUUCCAGCCGUCUCCCAGUCUGCGUAUUCUCCUCCCACUCCAGAAACGCCUGACUCCAUCCUGUCCACCCCCCCACAGACUAUUUUAUCCAAGAGCAUUACCUUCCCCUCUGAGCACAGCAUCCCCUCCAUCACCAGCAUGCCCCCCACACAGCCCACUGCAAAGAAAAAAGGUGUGAAGAGGAAAGCGGACACGACCACUCCGACCACGAUGGCCAUGCCCAUCAUGAGCACCAUGGGCGUCAGCGGGAUCGGCCUGGGGAUGGGCGGCGGCCUGGACUCGCCGCUGACCCUCACCUCUCUGGGCAUGGAGCACAGUGGCGGUCUGGGCAUGACCCCAGGCCUGGGUCUGGGCCAGGGCAUGGUGAUGAGCAUGGAGAUGGCUCAUGGGGGAAUGAUGAUGGGGAACAAAGGCACAGCGGCGAGCAGGAGAGGCGUGAGCGGCCGGCCCAUCAAGCCUCCCAAGAAGGACUUACCGGACUCCAUCCUGCCGACGCCGGUGCGCCGCAGCAAGCUGACACCGCAGCUGCGCUACUGCAGCAACGUCCUGAAGGAGCUGCUGUCCAAGAAGCACGCCGCGUACGCCUGGCCAUUCUAUAAGCCCGUCGACGCCAUGUCGCUGGGUCUCCAUGACUACCACGACAUCAUCAAGCAGCCCAUGGACCUGAGCACCAUCAAGAGGAAGAUGGACAGCAGGGAGUACAGAGACGCCCAGCAGUUCUCCGCCGACGUCCGACUCAUGUUCUCCAACUGCUACAAGUACAACCCUCCAGACCACGACGUGGUCGCCAUGGCCAGAAAACUCCAGGACGUGUUUGAGUUCUGCUUCGCUAAGAUGCCCGACGAGCCUCCAGCACCUCCCACAUCCUCGUCUUCCUCCACUUCCUGCUCGUCUUCCUCAUCUGAGAGCGAUUUCAGCAGCGACAGCGAGGAGAGCGACAGCAGCCUGAGCUCCGACUCUGAGGAGGAGCGGGCCAACCGGCUGGCCGAGCUGCAGGAGCAGCUGAAGGCUGUACACGAGCAGCUCACCGCUCUCUCUCAGGGUCCCAUCGUCAAACCCAAGAAGAAGAAGGAAAAGAAGGACAAGAAAAAGAAGAAGAAAGUAGAGAAACAUCGGAGGAUGGAUGAGGAGAUCGUCUCUGUGAAACCGCCCAAAACCCCCAAGAUGUCCAAGUCUUCAAAGACGACAAAGAGCAACAAAGGCAUCAGCUGUCCUGUCAUACCAGUGAAGAAGACUCAGAGCAAGAAAACCAACAAGAGCAAAUCCAAAAAGACCAACAUGAUGUUCAGCGUGUCCCAGCCGAUGCACGACCCUCUGGUCAGCCAUUUUGACUCUGAUGAGGAGGAGGACACGGUUCCCAUGUCGUACGACGAGAAGCGCCAGCUGAGCCUGGACAUCAACAAGCUGCCCGGCGAGAAGCUGGGCCGCGUUGUUUACAUCAUCCAGUCCAGAGAGCCGUCGCUGAGGGACACCAACCCUGAGGAGAUCGAGAUCGACUUCGAGACGCUGAAGCCGUCGACGCUCAGGGAGCUGGAGCGAUACGUCAUGACGUGUCUGAGGAAGAAACCUCGCAAGCCGUACGCGAGUAAAAAGAACAGCGCCGGAAAGACGCGGGAGGAGCUGGCGAUGGAGAAGCAGAUGGAGCUGGAGAGACGACUGAUGGACGUCAGCGGUCAGCUCAACUCCGGGAAGAAACCGUCUAAGACCAAAAAUGAUAAACCUGCGUCAGACGUUCACGCUCAGCCGUCUCGCCUCAGCGCCAGCAGCUCCUCCUCGGACUCCUCCUCUUCCUCCUCCUCUUCGUCAUCCUCCGACACAAGCGAAUCGGAUUCCGGUUGAAUCCGAGUCGCUCAGACUGUUUCCAAACCAAAAGGGUCCGGUGACGGCGCCCUGGUGUCCUCCUCCCCUCCAAGCGGGCUGAUGGAGGACGGGUCAAGGCCGGCCCACCGGGUCCGGACAGAGAUGGGCUCUCCCUGCGCUCGGCUCCAUCCGGCAGCCCUGAACAUUUCCCGGCAGAUGAAUGUGAGCGGAGGAGAGCGACUGGAGCGACCUGCUGGCUCCGGGCGGAGCGACAGGAAGCUCCAUCUCCUGCUGAUGAAGAUUGAUGCAUACGUUGGAGGGAUUAGGGUGCUACAGCCAGAAUAUCUGCAUUUUCUGGAUUUUUUUUCCCUUCUUACCAUGCUCCAUGUCUUUAUGCUGUAUAGAGAACAUGUACAGAUGUAUAAAUAUCUAUUUUUCUUUUAUAAAGAAGCCUUUUAUGGAGCUUAUUUAUUCCCUCAUUCUGGGAAAAGAUUAAACUGGCGUGAACAGAGCUGUGUGUUUAGAUUUUCUUUUUGAGUGAUAAGAGGGGAGUUAGGUUUUUGUAUGAAUGUAUGAUGUGUGUGUUUGCAUGUGUGUGUGAAAGAUCUGGCACCACAAGUGCAUCCUGGUGAAGUUCCUCAUAGUUUAGAAGCAGACGCUGCGCUCGCUCUGCACGCAGAAGCACCUUGGUUCAGCAGAAAACAGCCUGCAUGCAACAGAGGAGCUGACGGCCUCGCUGCGUCUCCAGCCGGUCGCUGUACAGAAACUAAACGUGUCAUAGUUUCAAUAUUUCUGUUCCCAUGUCGACUGUUUGUUUUCUCCAUGUAUUACAAGUUCUCUGUAAACAUGUUGCUUUUUUGUUCUUCGUGACCAAUCUGCUAAUAAAUUGUGAGGACUUGUCUUGUCGACUCACCUGUGCCCAAAUAACUUCUGGAUCCUUUUCAUUUCUUCACCUCAGUUACAGAUUUAAUCUGAUCUCUUACAGGUUUGUUGUCAGUAGAAUCUAAAAUCUCUGUGUUCUUGCAGCUGAAUCUUGUUUACUUUGUGUGACAAAAUCAGUUACUGGAAUCAGGAGGUAUUGUAAAGAUGCAUUGUUUAUGUUGACAGUUCCACAAAGCAUUUUAUAAUUCAUUGCAUCUUGGUUUUCUGUUUGGUUUCAGAUUGAAAUAGUGUCUAAGUUAUUUAGAGUAAAUAUGGAUAUUAUUGAAAGGGUUUAGUCUACUGAAAUAUGCACAUUCAGAGUAAUAAAGGUGUACAUAUUUUACAGAGUCAAAACCUUGGAGUGUGGUUUUCCUUUAUGGUCUGAUUUUUUUUAUUUGCUACUGUUUGGCUCCAGUUGUGACAUUUAAAACUCUACAUGUCAGUCUUGCUCUGAAGUUUGUCAGAAAUCUUAAUGCCUCUGCUUGUUCUGAACAUUUGUACAUAAAUAAAUGCAUCAUUUCA